GCCAGGCCCCGCCUCCUUGCCGGUCACGCACGCGCGGCUCGCGCCUGCGGAACUGCGGAUCCGCGUUGCGAGGGGGCUUGGGGCUGUUUCCUUUGAAUGACCGGGAAGGGUGAGGCCCCCGCGGUGGCCCGGGGGUUGGGGCCGAGGGUCGCGGGCUCUCAGAGCACUGCGACCGGCAGAUACGCAGCCCCUGACUCCAGAUUCGGGUCUCAGAGGGUGGCAGGUCCCGCGUUCCUGCGAAGCCAGGCUUCCAAGUGGUCCUGGAUGGGGGUCACCAGCCCCGAUAUGAGGCCUCUUACCAGCUCUCGACGCGUAAUAGCGCUCCUGCAAGGCUGCUUCCACGGAAAGGGAGCUGCGGGAAAUUCCUCUGGACACCGCCGACGUUGACAAAUCCAGUGUCCCUGGGCCCUUCCGGUUUUCCUGACAGGUUGAUUUCAAGUCAGCAUGUCCGCUUCAAUGAGCGAAUGCCUUCAACUUCAGCUGCUGGAGAUGGAAAUGCUGUUUUCUAUGUUUCCUAACCAAGGAGAAGUAAAACUUGAAGAUGUCAAUGCCCUGACGAAUAUAAGGAGAUAUUUGGAAGGCACAAGGGAGGCACUGCCACCAAAAAUCGAAUUUGUGAUUACACUCCAGAUCGAGGAGCCCAAGGUGAAAAUUGACUUGCAAGUGACCAUGCCUCACAGCUACCCCUAUGCAGCACUGCAGCUGUUCGGACGGUCAUCCGAACUUGACAGACAACAGCAGCUCCUCCUCAACAAAGGUCUCACUUCUUACAUAGGGACUUUUGAUCCAGGUGAGCUCUGUGUGUGUGCAGCCAUCCAGUGGUUGCAGGACAACAGUGCCUCCUACUUCCUGAACAGGAAGCUCGUGUACGAACCAUCUACACAAGCAAAGCCAGUCAAGAACACAUUCCUCCGAAUGUGGAUCUACAGUCACCAUAUAUAUCAGCAGGACCUACGAAAAAAGAUUUUGGAUGUCGGGAAAAGGUUAGAUGUGACAGGAUUUUGCAUGACGGGAAAGCCGGGGAUAAUCUGUGUGGAAGGCUUCAAAGAGCACUGUGAGGAAUUCUGGCACACAAUUAGGUAUCCCAACUGGAAACACAUUUCCUGUAAGCACGCCGAGAGCGUCGAAACAGAAGGAAACGGGGAGGACCUGCGCCUUUUCCAUUCUUUUGAAGAAUUACUUCUUGAGGCCCAUGGUGACUAUGGCUUAAGGAAUGACUAUCACAUGAAUCUGGGCCAGUUCUUAGAAUUUCUCAAAAAACACAAAAGUGAGCAUGUUUUCCAGAUAUUAUUUGGUAUCGAGAGCAAAAGCUCUGACUCCUAGGAAGCCACUAAGAGAGCUACGCUUGUAAUCUCGCUAAGUUAGUAUUUCUGUUAGCAAGACCAAAAUAAAAGGACCAGUGGCGGUUAAGCAUCAUCUGUGGGGAGCGUAGCUCCAGCAUUUUCCCCUGGAAAUGAAACACAGAAGGCUUUUAACUUUAUAACAGUGCGAUUGUGAUGUUACCUCUAUGUCCUUGUGUUAAUGGAAAGCUAUUUAAUGGUCAGUUAAUAAAAACCUGUCA